AUUCUUAUCGUGGGUGAUUAUCUACACUACAAAUACCCUCUUAAAUAUUCACGUUUAUUAUGUAUAUUGACCAUUUCAAUUACGCUCCAUUUGCUCUAAUUAUUUUAAUUAUACCUUUUACACCGCAAGUGAAAUAGUCUACGUUAAUUACGCAGCAUUAUUUUAAUACGUCAAUCCUUUAGCACUUGUAAUCCUUGGAUCCAUACACGUCAUUUGAGUAGCGUCUAUUCAAACGCAGUCGAAGUACCGUUCGUUAUGUCUGUGUAUCUGAAAUUUAAUACUAUAGUAGAAAGAAUGUCGAGAAUCAUCCGACGUCAGAACCUGCUGGCAUGUUUGAAGAGUCUACUGGGAACUACUAUUUUUACUGCCAGUUCAGUCAGAGAUAAAAUAGAGUAUCGUUUUAAUUAUGUUGGCUUACUAUGCUUUCUGCUGUGGAAUAGUAUAUACAUUUAUUCCUCAUUCGUCUCUUAUAUCGAAGGAGAAACUAUACUAAGACUCCUGUAUGACACUAAAUUAAAACAAUAUGGGGAUUCUCUGCAAGAUGUCUUAUCUUUUCCCUACGUAUUGUACCUAAUGUGGAAGAUACCAUUCGAUUUAAGCAAAUGUAUUGGAGAUUCUCAAGAAUUUGCUCAUAUAGAUGAAAAAAUUCAUCGUAUGUUCCAAUCGGUACAUCAUUUGCAAACAUCUUUAGUUGGAUUAAUAGUUAUAUUGAUUCAAAUAGCACUAAGUGGGUUGAAAUUAUGGACAUUAUGGAUGGUUCUGGAGAAUCUCGAAGCACCUUUACCGUGGAAUAAAUUGUACGAUGUGGUUUAUAUAGAAAUGUUGAUGCUAACAAUCGCUAGUCAUUAUUGUUUUCAUUUGAUGAUGGUGAAGGAGAGAUAUAAAAUUGUGAAUCAAAUUCUUAGGACGAUAAAAGAUAGGAAAUCACAAGAGUAUUAUAUUUUCGUCCGUGAGAGACGAGCCAGGAACGAAGAGAGAGCUUUGCAAAUACAAGAGAAAUGCGUGUGUGAGAAAAUAAAGACGUGUGCUAAUAUUGUUAGUAUGCUGUACGAGAGUACAGAGAAUUCAAACAAGAAAUAUGGCGUGGCUUUAGUAUUUACUAUGUUCUUUUGUCUCGUUACGAUUACAUUGAAUUUGUUCUACCUGAUGGAAGCUACCGCUGCCGGUUUGUUCUACGACGUGCCGCGGUACUGCGCGUUCCUAGUUUACGUAUUUUGGCAUAUCAUUGUAGGUAUAGCUGUAAUCUAUGCAAUCGUAUGCCUUUGCGAAUUAACCGUAGCUGAGGUAAGUAUUUGCUUCGAAAUAUUAAAAACAAAUUACAUAGCAGAAUUAACAUGUUUAUGUAUUUCGAUAUAA